AGAAAGAGAGAGAGAAGGGAACUUUGGUUUUUUUUUUUUUAAGAGAGGGCUUUGUGCAAUCUCUCUCACUGUGUGUGUUUUUGGUAUCUAUAAUAAUACGGCGCGAAGGUGAAUAACCCCAAACACACUUUUUUUUGUUUUGUUUUCUUGAUCGAUUUCGUCUUCUUCUCUUUAGUUACGAAGACAAUUCUCUUAUUUAUCAGUUCUUUUUGAGUUCUCGGGGUGGGGGAUCGUUCGUUCUCAAUGGAGCCAAACGUAGUGGAGAUCGCUUCUCAUCAUGUCGUUGCUUCCAGAACUCUAACGCCUACAAAGGCUGAAGCUCCAGAAGUGAUUGAUGUGGAGCAAUACGAUAUGCAAAACGGUGGUGUUGUUAAUGGCAGCAGCAAUGUGGACAAUAAGAAUAAAGGGAAGGCUAUAGAGUCUGAUUCUCUUUCUUACGAUGAGCAAGAUGAUGCUUAUGAUUAUGAUGCGGGGUCUCCUAGCGAUGCUUGUGAUUACCCUGGAUCGUCUCCAGUAUCAAAUAGUUUGCUUGAUCCGGAUUCUUUGAUUUAUGAAGAUGACUACGACUAUGAUGACCAAUAUACUUAUGAAAUGGAUGAGGAGCCGGAUACUUACUCCAUGUAUCAAGACCUUUUUGAUGGUAAGGAUGUGCCAACUGGUGUCGAGGUGUCCAUGGAUUGGUUUCCAAAUUCAGCUGACCAGGAAUCAGCGAACUCAAGUGGUAGCAGCUCCAAGAAGGCAACAACAGGAGGUGGAAUCCAAUCUCAAUCCGCUUUACCGCACCAGUCUAACGGAGUCGUACCAAACUCUGCUUAUGCAUUGCCACAGAUCACCAAGGCACCAACCUCUAAAACAUAUUUUUCCACUACUUAUCAGCCUCAGCCACAUCCAGUACCAGUAGAUACAUCCGGUUUUAAAGGUUAUGCUGGUCGCCAGAGAGUGGAUGAGACUGUUGCACCUCCGGAUUCUUCCAGAGUUAAGAGAAAUAUGGAGGAUUUUCUUGGCCUUUAUUUGUUUUUCAAAAGAUUUGACGUCGUCGAAGAUUUUUCAGACCACCACUAUGUUACUAUGGGAACAACUUCAAAGCAGCAUUCAAAGGAGUGGGCGAGAAGGAUCCAAGACGAGUGGAGAAUUCUUGGGAGUGAUUUGCCAGAGAUGAUAUUUGUCAGAGCUUAUGAAUCUAGGAUGGAUCUUUUAAGGGCUGUGAUUAUCGGAGCCCAAGGAACUCCCUACCAUGAUGGUCUGUACUUUUUUGAUAUCUUCUUCCCGGAUACAUACCCUAAUACGCCACCGAUUGUUCAUUAUCAUUCUGGUGGGCUGAGAAUCAACCCGAAUCUGUACAAUUGUGGGAAAGUGUGUCUGAGUCUUCUCGGCACUUGGCAAGGUAGCCCGAGGGAGAAAUGGAUCCCCAACACUUCGACAAUGUUGCAGGUUCUUGUCUCAAUCCAAGGUCUAAUUUUAAAUCAAAAACCUUACUUCAACGAGCCUGGCUACGAGAGAAACGCGGGUUCUCCAUCGGGAGAGAAGGCUUCUGAAAGUUACAGCGAAAACACAUUCAUACUGUGUUUAAAGACUAUGGUUUACACAAUGAGGAGACCACCCAAGUACUUUGAAGACUUUGUGUAUGGACAUUUCUUCAGCUGUGCUCACGACUUUUUGAAGGCAUGUAAUGCUUAUAGAAACGGAGCUCCACCGGGAACAACUCUGGUGAAGGGGGCUCAAGGUGUGGAAGAGACUAGCGCAAGCAGCUCUCAGAAGUUUAGAAAUGAUGUGGCUACCUUUGUGGAGACAGUGCUAUUGAAGGAGUUUAUUCUUCUAGGUGUCCUUGGUCUAGAAAAGGAAGAAGAAGAAAAAGCCCCUGAGACUAACGUUGCUGAGAGUAGCAACAGUACCAGAUCAAGCUCCAAGAGGAACAAAGUUUCUUCUAGUUGAGCUCGGCUCCUUUCUUCUUUUUUUUUCCUUAGUUUCUGGCGACUUAGUUUCUCCCUUUUCUUACAGUCAUUGAUCCUCUUUUUUAAUUUUUCUCUUAACUAUGACAUAAAUCUUAAGACUCUUGAGAACUGAGAAGUCACUCUCUUAUAUGUACAGUUGCUUUUAUCAGUUAGAUAUCCCCCAAUUUCCUGAGUUACAAGGUUUUGGAUUUUUGA